CCGGCUGUACCGGAAACAAACAAUGAAUUCGGAUUUGAACGAUCUUACGUGUCAUUUCCGAAGUGAUUUCUAAAUCUCCUGGAGACUUUGGGUGAACUAACCCUUCUGUGGUCACCCUGCUAACGGUUGCUAACGACAGAAACAUGAAGGCUUUGAUCCUAGUGGGGGGGUACGGGACCCGGCUGCGACCGCUCACCUUGAGCGUCCCCAAACCGCUGGUGGAAUUCUGCAACAAACCCAUCCUGCUGCACCAGGUGGAGGCACUGGUCAAGGCUGGGGUGGACCAUGUGGUUCUGGCGGUGAGCUACAUGUCAGAGCUGCUGGAGAGAGAGAUGAGAGUCCAGGAGCAGAGACUUGGGAUUCGUAUCUCUCUGUCUCAUGAGAGGGAGCCUCUGGGAACUGCGGGCCCCCUGGCGCUGGCUCGGGAGCUGCUGAACAUCGACAACGAGCCGUUCUUCGUCCUCAACUCGGACGUCAUCUGCGAUUUCCCUUUCAAAGACCUGCUGCAGUUCCACCGCAACCACGGCAAGGAGGGAACCAUCGUGGUAACGCGGGUGGAGGAGCCCUCCAAGUACGGCGUGGUGGUGUUUGAGGCCGACAGCGGCAGGAUUCAUCGCUUCGUAGAGAAACCUCAGGUCUUUGUGUCCAACAAGAUCAACGCAGGCAUGUACAUCUUCAAUCCCAGCAUGCUCAGCAGAAUCCAGCUGAGACCAACAUCUAUAGAGAAAGAGAUAUUUCCUGUCAUGGCGGAGGAGGGACAGCUGUACGCCAUGGAGCUGCAGGGUUUCUGGAUGGACAUCGGUCAGCCGAAAGACUUCCUGACAGGGAUGUGCAUGUACCUUCAGUCAGUACGACAGCACGCUCCUGACAGACUACGCACAGGUCCGGGUUUCCUCGGCAACGUUUUGGUGGACCCGACGGCACAGAUUGGGGAGAACUGCACCAUCGGCCCGAACGUCACCAUCGGUGCCGGCGUGGUUGUGGAGGACGGCGUGAGGAUAAAACGCUGCACGGUGCUGAAGGGAGCGCGGGUUCGAUCGCACUCCUGGCUGGAGAGCUGCAUCGUGGGGUGGAGCUCCUCGGUUGGCCAGUGGGUUCGCAUGGAGAAUGUGACGGUGUUGGGUGAGGAUGUGAUCGUGCAAGACGAGCUUUACCUGAACGGUGCCAACGUCCUGCCUCACAAGUCCAUCAACGAGUCGGUCCCAGAGCCACGAAUCAUCAUGUAGCGCCGGAUGGAGCAGGAUCGAACAGGACUGAACAUCCACACUGUGCCAGAGAAAGAGGCGAGAGGAUAGAAGGAGGAAGAGGAGGAGAGAAAAAGGAACAAAAGAGGUUUUUUUUCCCUCGUUUUGUAAUUAAUUUGGACUCAUUUUUAGCCCUGCUUGGCUGCACCAUCCAUCAGUCUGAAACGAUGAGCUUGUGAUCUGUCUAAAAGCAGCCUUACCCGUCAGCAAGGUUUAUGCUUUUGUCAGAGCUGCAGGUAUCAAUCAUCAAACGCUAAUGUCCUGAAUGUGGUGGAUGGCUAAUGUCUCACAUGAACACUGCUUUAAUAGAGAAAAGGCGAGGGAGGCGGUUUGUGUACCUGGACUGGUCGUGUGUCAGGUGGUGGAGGAAUAAUGUGAAGUGUAUUUGUUGGGGGUUGGGGCUUAGAGAGCGAUAUGAACACACUGCUGUUUAAAUUCACUAUGCAUUUACAUUUCCUGGACAGCUACAGAGUAUCAGCGAGCUCAUCUUCUGUAGCAGAGACUGGAAUCGUGACUGAUGACUCUUGAGAUUUGUGUGAUGGCAUUUUAAACAAAAUGCAGUAUUGGUUGAAUGGAUUGAUUUUUGGCCUCUCGGGGUCAGCAGAACUUAACACUGUAAACACAACACCUUAAAAAGUCAUUUGGCGAAUGUUUUAGCUGAUGAAUGUAAUGUGCAGUUAAAGAGGUAUCAAGUAUGUCUCGCUGCCUUGGUAAACUUGAUCUGUUCUCUGUUUUUAUCAUGAAAAUGGUACGCUUCAAUGCCAAACUGGUUACUGCUGAACAACAUGUAGCAGACUUUUUUAUAACAAGCUGCAGUUUAUCAAGUUCGUUUACACGUAUUUGAGCCAGAUGUUCAGGCUGCAUGUGGGAUGUUCUGCUUUGCAGUAAUGUCUUGUUUAGUGUUACUUAAAGAGUACCUUAAUGCUCCCUGAAAAUCUUGUUUGUGCUGACCUCCAGUGGUUAAACUCACUCACCGUGCCACAGUGACGUACAGGUGCACUCCAGGACUGCGUGACAUCACUAUCAGGUGUGAUUACAGGUGCAACAGAAGUGAAACGGCAGCGAAGCAAUGCUUUUCAGCCUGCUGUUAUGUUGCUCUUUAAAGACAGUUUGUAAUGAAAUAUUUCGGAUCCUCUGAUCACCAUCCUGAUGGGAAUGUCCAAAAAAAUCUUUAUCAGACGCUUGAUGAAUAUCAGUCUACAAACUGACAAACCCUGUUCUUUACAAUAUAGUUUGAUGGAUGAAAAAUGGAAAAACGUCUUUUCUCUUCCUAAAUCUUCACUACAGGGGCUAAAAAUCUAAAUUUGAUCCCAGUGGUGGCGCUAGAAUUAAGUUCAUGUCCACUAAAUCAAAAGUAUUUAUCUUGUGUAUCUUUUUGUGUAUUAUGGCCAUUUUUGGACUUUUCAGACUCUGUUGUCAGUCUCAGCUGUACAUCACCUACCUUCCUUUGGCAUAUGGAACAACUGGACGUUAACCUGCUGAUGUUAUCAGGUAACGUUUAGCAUCUUAGCACGUCAUUUUAGUUUAUCUCAAGCCGCGGCUGGUCGGAGGUCGGUCUUAACUUUUAGUAGUAACAUGCCAUGAACUGAACUGUGGGACAAGUGAAAACUUUGACUUGUUAGCAACAUGAAGAUGAAAAUUCACAGGAUCACCAGUCAUUGGGACUCAUCCUCUGGUGAUCAUAAAUUUCGGAACAAAAUUUCAUGGCAAUCCUUCCAAAAAAUUGCAGAGAAAUCUCGCUCUCUCUUUCACUGACUGAGGUGGCCAAAUUGAACAUUUAGCACCGACAUUUUGAACAUGAGGUAUUUAAAUAAAGGGAAGAGUCGGUCGAAGGUCGACCUCACUCCUACUCAAAUGAAUGAGCCCCAGUGUUUGAUUUGUGUCAGCCUUGUUGUAAAAACAUUUUAACGCUCAACAGGGGCAAUAUUAAAUCAACAGACGCCUGGUGGAGUGAAAGAAAACCUCCACAGGUGAGGUGUCCAUUUGACUUGUCCUUACUGACCACAAACACAUGCAGUGAGUGAUGUCAGGUGUCUUUGUCUGUCCAGAUCCGCUGGUCCUUCAUCAGAGUGCAGUGGUUCCAUGUUGUUAUGCAGUUAGUGAUUAACAGUAUUGAGAGUGACGGACGUGUUAAGACUUUGACUGCGUCUGAAUGAAUGAAGUCAAUUCUUGUAAUGAAGUCUUUUUUAAGAGAAUAAUAUAAUCUAGCCGAGCACAUUAA